AUGAAAAGCAGCAAUAGCCGCAGCGUGACCCGUCUAGAAAUUGUGUCAAGUGACCCAAUAACAUUUGCAUUCGAACAGGAUCUGACUUGUUUGAAGUUUGGUGCAGGAAAAAUGGAAUGUUUCUACCAGAAUGUCAGAAAACCGAUGGACGUUGAAGUAGAGUAUCAGGUAAUUGAUGGAGGUGACUUAGACAUUAACUUUUUUGUACAAUCUCCUGAUGGACGAGUGCUUAUUUCAGAGCAUAGAAAAACAGACAACUUUCAUAAAGUAGAAAUUCCCGAGGCAGGUGACAUGAAAGUUUGUUUAGAUAAUACUUUUAGCCACUUUGCAAGCAAGAUUGUAUUUUUUGAGCUUAUUUCUGAUGAUGAAGAUCAGGUUGGGGACGGAGAUGAAGCUGCGGAUUGGGACGGUGCUAAGGAUGAAAUACAUGAACUUAUGGAUAUGACUAUAGAAGAAUUGAAGAGUAUGCUGGACAAGAUGGGACAGAAUUUAGACAAGUCAAGAAAUUUACAAACAGUUUUAAAAAUGUUCGAAGCUAGAGACAGAAAUAUAGUGGAGUCCAAUUUUGACAGAGUCAACUUUUUGUCUUGUGUUCAGCUCUUCAUAAUGCUGUCUGUUGGACUUGUUCAAGUGUUUUUGAUAAGAAGUCUGUUCGAAGAUAAAAGCCGCGUUGGCGGACUUAUGAAGUCAAAAACGUAACAUGACAUAGGGCACGUAUAGGUUCUUAAAUUGGUGUUGUUUCUUUUUUACAACAACCGCUUUAUUAUGAUCAUGGUGAGAGUGAUAUUUUAUGGUGUUUACAUACAUAACAUACAUAUUUACAGUUUACAGAUAUGGUAGUUAUUAUAGAAUUGUUUUCAGUGUUUUAUUGUGUAAACUGUAUUCUCGUGUCACAUGACUUUAAUAUCUACAUUUUGUUAAAUUGACAGGCAAAAUUUGAAAAUAAUUUGUGUCUGAAAAAUGGAUAACUGUUUUUCUUUCAGAUCAUUUAUAGUUUUUGUAUAGCAGAUUAAAAUUGUUAAUUCUUUCCUCCAAAAAAAUUGAAUACCUUGAGCUUAAAAAAGUCACUUUUAACUGAAGCUUUUCAUUUAUCAAGUCAUGUUAAAAAUGUUGAUAACCAGUAUUUGUUGAUUACAAUAACAUGCUUUGAAUCAAGAGAUUUGAUUCAUAUUUCUGCUGGUCUUAUAAACAAAAGUAGAUGUUUAAAGUCCUGUGUUGUGCGCACACAGUAUAUACAAUGUUAAGUUGAAUGAAUUUGUAAAAAAAUGUCAUUUUUAAAAGAUAUUAAUCCAGGUAUUAUUGGCCAACGAAGAUAUAUGUAAAAAGAAAUGAUUUGAUACAAAGGUGUUUUUUUGUGUGUACAUUUUGCUAAAGAAUUUUUUAAUUCAGGUCCUCAUUAUUUAAAACAAAGAAUUAUUUUUCAGGGAAUUGAUGUAUUCUCUCCUUUUAAUUGUUUUAAGAAUCACUAUUUCUAAAACUUACAUAGAAACCAAAAUGUACAGUGUAAGAUAAAGAGUAAUUUACGAGAAUGUUCUGAAGUGCCUGAAAGGAAUGUAUAAAGAUCUUUGUAUUUUUAUGCUAAAGUAUUAUUGUACUGUGCAGAAAUCAAGCAUUUGAGCUGCGUCAUGACAAAACCAACAUAGUGGGUUUGCGACCAGCAUGGAUCCAGACAAGCCUGUUUCUCUGCGCAGUCUGAUCAGGAUCCAUGCUGUUCGCUUUCAGUUUCUCUACUUGUAAUAGGGUUUGUAAGGGAACAGCAUGGAUCCUGAUCAGACUGCGCGGAUGCGCAGGCUGGUCUGGAUCCAUGCUGGUCGCAAACCCAUUAUGUUGGUUUUGUCAUGACGUUGCUCAAUUUUCUGUAUUUGUAAGAUCUCUUGAUAUAAUAUUGUAAAAUAUGUGGGGAAAUUAUUGUGCAUUUUGUGUUUUAACAGAUAGGAUGUUAUUCAUGUAAUCGUAUAUCCGCAUUGUCUUAAGAUUCAAGAUUCAUUCCAACAUUUUCCUGCCUAGAACCAUAGAUAUUGUGCAUGUUAAUUGUUUCUUUAAUCCUUACUAUGCUGAAUUUGUUAAAUGGACUUGUCCUUUUGUUGUUGUCCAUUUCUAGUUUUGGGACUGCCAAUUGUUGUAAGGAGGGAUUUUCAUUAAAAGUUAAAAAUUAAGCAGGCCAUUGUAUAGGGAGUGUAAUCAGGCUGCAGGGAUGUACGGGCUGGCCAGGCUCUAUACUGCUGGUGUAAUCAAGUACCUGGUAAUUAUGUCAAUGGUUUGUAUGAGUUUGGCCAAUCUCUUUACUCAUCUGUUGAGUUGUUGAAUUAUGAAAACUGGUAAAAAUUGCAUGGCAACAAGAUAAAAUAUGAAUUUUUACAGUAAUGGAAAUUUUUUACUAAAAUUUGGUGAAAAUUGUCAAUUUCUGCCCAAAGGAGUCAAAAGCCAUUGAUAUGUCUUUUUGUAAAGAAAGUAAUGAGAGAUGCCAAAUUUUUACAAGCCAUUGAACUUGGAUAAUAUUCGCUAGUACCAUGAACAAAUGUUUGAUACAUAUUUUAUGUUCACCAAGGUUAUUUCUAUCAUGAAAUUUUUUGAACAAUAUUUUUUGUUAAUGUCUAUUUAAAUUUUAGAAUAUUUAUUGCUAUACUCCAAUAUUUUACAUAUUAAGAAGUUUUUUCUGUUUAGUAUAUAUUAAUUGAACAAAUUCCUCCAUAAAAUGCUCAUAUAUUUACCAUGCUGAGGCCUAUAUUUAAUGUAUUGUUUACAAUAUUGUUUGUUGAAAUGAUUUUGGUCAGUUUUGCUUUUUGAUACCUGCCAUAUGUAGCCAGAGGCAUUUUAGAAAGGAGAUUUUAUAUUUGCUUUUGUGAAUAUCUUUUAUUGCUGGAGUCCACGACUUCUGUGGUGGCAUAUAAACAGAAAUGUAAAGCUUAAAGGCAAAAAAAAGCAUGUACAAAAUAUUAACACAUCUCAUAAUGAAAUAGUAUUUGAAAUGUAGUUGAAUACAUAAAUGACUUCAUGAUUAUUGAUGUCCCACCUUUGACUUGUGCACAAGAGAGUCAAAAUAUUAAAUUUUCUUGAGCAUACUAUGCAUUUUGUGUGUAAUAUUCCGUCAAAGCCACAAUGAUCGUACCCAUACUGUGUCUAUGUAGCAGACUGAAGAAAAGGUUCUAUCAGUACGAGGGUUUGACAAGAACAUAUUCCAUUCUUGGUUUCACGUGUCUUAAUAUCUCAUUCAUUUGUGAUAUUUUCAAAAAAUAUAAAAUUUGAUGAUAUGUUAUAUAUAUGAUUUACAUUGGUAAUUUGUGUUCUUGCUGGGAAGAUAUGAUAAAUAUUUUCAUCCUCAUAUCUUCAUUUUUGUCUUAGAAGGUUCAAAUGUUCCCGUUCAAGGUGCUGAUUUUGACUUUUUUAGAUAUCAGUAUUCAAACAAAUUAUUAGAUAUAUAUGUUUAGUUUAAAGGCUCAUUAUGCUUCAGAAACAAAUAAAUUUUUACUUCUUUAUAAGGGCAAACAUGAUUUUAAAAAUAGAGAGAAAUAGGAUCCCUAAAGAAAGUCCAAAACGGCAAAAUUUAAAAUGUUGCAGGCUUGGUUUGAUUGAACCCGUUCAUGGACAGUACUGGAAAAUUGCAAGCUACUGUUUCCACGCCCCCUAGCACAGGCUUAAGCAGUAUUCAACAUUUAAACAUGUAAUUGCAAAAUUUUGAAUUUGAUACAUGGGCAGAUGUGUUCAUACUACGGUAAAAAAAAUACAUAAUGGUUUUAGAGCAUGUUAGAUUUUUGUUACCUGAAAAAAGUAGAGGUAAUUGUUAAAUUAUUUGUCAUAAAAGUAGCAAAGUGGUAUUUUGACUUCCAUACAAAAUUCUAAAUCACUACAACUGUAUUUAUUGCCAUACAGCAACAAAAGAGAAAGAUAGGUCAGGUUAUUGCCCAAUGAGUAUCUUUUUGGAAAAUAUAAAAGUACACCAGAAAUAAGAAGCUUUUAAGAAAUGAUACUGAUAGCAUUUCUGGGGCAUAAUGGGUUAUUAAAGCAAAAAUUGAAUAAACAUGAGUUUUAUGGGCAAAGUUAGUGGUAUGUAAAGUUUGUUGUUAUUGUUGUUGUUUGUUUUUUAAAGAAAUAAUCGAAAAUAUUUUUCAGGUAUGGAAUUUUUGUUUUAUUAAAAAACCUCAAAAAACAAUAACAACAAAAAGGAUAACAACAUUGAAAGGUGAUUAAUUAAUGGAAAAUAAUUUCAGUUUGAUACUGAAUUAAUUUAGUUUUAUUUUUUUCUAGAAUUGAAAGUGGGAGUAAAAAGUUAAUGUUAGUCUUACAAAUUUUUUUUAAUGUGAUGUGUUUCUUAUGCAAAUCCAGAGAAAUUGAUUCUGCUUGUUGUUUUGCUGUAUGUAGAUAUUUUAAGUAUUUUACGAGUUUUUCUCAAAAACUUGACCUGCAGAAGAAAGAACUACAUGUUCAAAAAAGACUUCUUUUCGUUCAAGAGUUUUUUUGCAUGGCAAAAGAUGCAGACUAUCAAUGUUGUCCAAUAGCAUGCUAAAUGCUGAUUUCUUUUUGUAUCAUGUCUUAAAGGUGGGUAUGUCUUAUACGUGGAUUAAUAAAGAUUUUUCUGUCUUUUAAGACCAGGAAAAAAUGAUAUUAUAUUGUUGAUUGUGUGGGAUUGUUUUAUAUGUGGGUGCAUCCUAUAGUUGGAUAAAUAUGGUAAAUAUUUUUAAUGCUUGAACAAAUUAUUGUCAGAUUGUUGCCUAUUUGAAGCUGUGUCUUAUAGGUGGAUGUGUGUUAUGAGUGAAUGAUUAUGGUAAUUGUUUUAAACCUGGGAACAUAGUAUGUUAUAUUGUGCUGAUUUAUUGUUAUAAUAAAAGUAGAUAAUGAACAAAAUUACAUGAUGAUAUGUAAUAAAGUUAUAGAUGUGUGAAAGUCUGAACAAGUUAUUAUGCAUUUAAAGAAUUCCAGUGAAAAGUGAAGAGAUCAUAUGAAUUUCAUGCAAGUGAAAGGACAAUUUAUCAUUCUGGUUAUACAUUAUUGUGAAAUAUAGCAUUUAAUUUAUGUAAUGAUUUUUUUAUGACAAUGAAGUGUGUCUGUUUAAAAAAAGGGCAGGUUUUCUACGUUUAGGCAGUGUUUUCUGUUCUCUUAAAUUUGAAGGCCUAUUGUCUUAAAUUUGAAGACAUGUAUAAUUCUUAAAUCUGAAAAUUUUUCUCUUUGGGUUUGUUUUGUUUUCAGCUUUUUUUUAACCAUUGAGGUGAAAGUGAAUUUUUUGUAUACUAAUUGUGCUGUAAAAUAGCUUCCACGUAGAUAGGGGAAAACAUGUAUAUUGUUUGUAAUAAAAAAAUGUACAGAUUGCCAUAUGUUUCCUUAUACAAUGUAGAUAUUUAACAAUGAAAUCCAUCUUGUUAUACUUACAUCAAAUACAUCUUUUUAAUUUUUUUGUCACAGGCGUGAAUUUACAGAGAAAUCUCGUAAAAAGUGCAAUUUGUAUUUGUUAGUAUCUAGGUAUUUAAUACUGGAACUAAAAUUCUGUUGAUUUAAAUGUAUUUUAAUUUGAAUUGAUUUGCUUUUUUUGCCAUCUUAAGCAUUGUAUAAAGCUUGAAAAUGUAUACAUUACAACCUUUGCAGAACAGCACCCCUUGGCGAGGUGAAGAUUUUGGUUGUUGUUUACAGGUGUUUGCUUGAGAGGGGUUGAAUAUAUAUAAAGUCAUACUUUCUGUUGUUAAGAGGUGGUUGCUCUACAAAGGGCCGCUCUGCAAAGGUUGCACUGUAUUGUGCUUUUACUAACAUAAUUUAUUAUCAUAUUUGAAAUGUAUUACAUAUAGAUGAAUCAUCAUGGUGGAACCUAAGUGGGUAAAACCUGAAAUAUGUAAAACAUACAUAUUGAAACCUGAAUUGGGUAAACACAUAUAUUGAAACUCAAAUUGAAUAAAACAUAUAUUUUUUUAAACCCGUAUUUGGUAAACAUAUAAUUUGAAACCCAUAUUAGGGAAAACAUAUAUUUUGAAACCCAAAUUGCAUGAAGAUAUACAUGUUUAAUGUAAAGACUGAAAAUCAUGAUUAAAUUUCUUGCCUAUAUAUAAACCACAUGCACUGCCAACCAAAUUCGGGUGUCAUAGAGCCGAGUGUAUUUUUUUUCACUUUCAAUUUUACAUGUAAUACUUCCUAUCCCUUGAGGUUUCUUUUUAUUUAAUCAUCAUGUUAUUAAUAUUUAAUAUACAGAAAAAUUAAAACUUAACCGAAAAAUAAUAAUUUAUGAAAAAUAACGAAAUAUCCAAAUGUCUGCCAUUUUUUGACACAUAACAUACCUUUUGCCUUGUUAGUUAUAUUUAUAUUUAAAGUAGUUAGCUAGGUGUAACUGUAACUAGUAAGAGGAGUUGCUCUUGUUAAAAUAACAUAUUGUUUACUAAAGUUAUUUGUGUUAAGAGCUGCAAUCCAGACAAAUGAUUUUAAAUGAUGUACUAAUUGAAAAUAGUUUAAAAGUAUCAAUGGUAUUGUUUAAAAGUAUCUAUGGUAUCAAGAUUUCUUAAUUGUCUUUAGAGUUUAUUUUUAAUCGGAAAGUUUGUACAGUAGAAGAUGUGAUAAUUUAACACAAAUAUGUUGUGUUACUGAACAAAUGAAUUUUCUAGUACUCAGUACAUGUGAAUAAAUUUAAGAUAAUGUUCAUAUUUUAUAUUUAUAUACAUGUAUGUACAUUAUUUAAUAGUGAUUUCAUUGCAAAAAUAAGUAGUCAGCAUAAUCAAUUAAAUCUUAGACCAGUCUGAAAACUGUAACAUCUCAUUGGCUACUAUUUUUAGCUUUUGAAAUCAGCCAAUGGCAGCAUUGAAUUCUUAGACUGGUUUACAGAUGGGUUAUUGUUAGUAGAGAGAAAAAGUGAAAUAGAACAGAUGCAUGCACAUUGUUGAAAACAAGACAAUCUAAGUUAUUUGUAAUUAUUUAUUGAGUUUAAAUGUAUGUUAAUUGAAUUUUAAAUUUAUGUUAUAUGUGAACCAUCUAUAAAACAAGAAUGUCUUACAGGCAUUGUAUAAAAAUAUUAAAAUGAAAAGUCAUAAUCUUCUUUUUUACCAAUUUUUCUUUGUCUAAAUAUUUACAAAAACUACGGUACACCAAAUUUUGGACAUAAUUUUACUUCACAUUUUAUGUGUUUCUUUAUUUUGUUAUGUAGUUCAGUGUCUGUGCUAUGUUGGCUGUGUUUUUAGAUGUUACACAUCUAUGCAAUAAAAUUAUCUCCCCUUUCUGAGAAAAA